AGAGAAUUUCUCGUGUAGAAAUUUAUAAUUAAGUAAUUACUAAUAAUUAGUCGUAGAAUAUAGUCGACAAUUGACAGUCGCUUACUGUCGCCUGUCAGCUCUAUUCUCUAUAGACACAAAUUCAAAUUACCAGUAUAUUAUAAUUUCUGAUUAGUUUUGGCAGUUCCAUUUCAAUACCAUUGCUGUUGUUCACUGAUGUUAACUACAAAACAAAAUAGGAGUGUUAUAACAACUAUACUCUCGAUCCCAGUUCACAGUAUGUUCAGAAAAUUUGUUAGCUGUAGAAGCUGUUCCAAAUAAAAGUAUUACAUUAAGAUCUGCGGCAACUGCGCAGUCGCUGGAAACUGGUCAAGGUUUUUUUAAGUGCACUUGUACCAAAAAAUGUGGCACAAAGCAAUGUGUUAGUAGAAAAAAAGAGGUAUUGUGCAACUCUAAAUAGCCUUACAUGAACAAAUAAAUAAAUAAUAUAGUUAUGUCCAUAAAAUAGAUGGAUCCCAUACAACAUGUUGUAUCAUAUAAAAGUGGCCAAAAGCAAGUUCUGAAAUCAAAUGGAUGUGAAUCAAAAAUAUACAUAAAUAGCUCUCACAAUGUCAGAUUAUGUGAAGUUCUACAAUCUUUACGCAAGGAAGAGUUAUUCUGUGAUAUUAAGUUGCAAACAGAUGACGGUAAAAAAGUGUACGGACAUAAAGUUGUUUUAGUAUCAGCUAGUCCAUAUUUCCGUGCAAUGUUCACUAGUUUCACAGAAAGCGAUAAAGAUCUUGUAAAUAUAAAAGAGUUAGAUUCUAACAUUUUACAACUCUUGGUGGAUUAUAUUUAUACUGGUGAAAUCAUUGUUACCGAACAAAAUGUGCUGGUUUUGUUACCAGCUGCUGUUCUCUUACAAUUGGAUUAUGUAAAAAGUACAUGUGUUGAGUUUUUACAAAAUCAACUGAAUCCUUCAAAUUGUCUUGGUAUCAAAGAAUUUGCUGACUUUUAUAACUGUAUGGAAUUAUUGUCAAGUUCUGAAGAAUACAUUAAAAAAUAUUUUUUAAAAGUGGUUGAAACUGAUGAGUUUCUAUCUUUAUCUUCUGAAGAAGUGAUAAAGCUAAUCUCCCGUGAUGACAUUAACGUUCCAUUUGAAGAAAAAAUAUUUGAAUGUGUUAUUAAUUGGGUAAAACAAGAAUUAGAUUGUAGAUAUGACAGUUUGCCUAUAUUAAUGGAACAUGUACGUUUAUCAUUAGCACCUCAAGAGUACAUAUCAAUAAAAGUAGUUGAGGAACCUCUUCUUAAAAAUAAUACUAAAUGCAAAGAUUUUGUUAUUGAAGCUUUAAAUUUCCAUAUCCUAAAGAAACAUCAGCACAUUACUAUUCCACAAACAAUUCGUAAUUCACCUAGACAGUCUGGACAAAAAUUUAUUCUUGGCAUAUGUGCAGAUUCAUCAAUAAUGAAUAAGUGUUACACAAUUUGGUACGAACCAUUAACCAAACUAUUGCAUAAAACAACAGAAAUGAGUAUGCGCUAUGGAUUGUGUGCUCUAGCCUUAAUAAAAGAACAUUUAGUUUUUGCCUUGGGUAAUAAUUAUAAUAAUUCAAGAUCAAUUGAAAUGCUUGAUUUAUCUUCACAAACUCUAAAAUGGGUAUCAACGGUGGAAAUGUUAGUCGAUCGAAACUAUUUUGGAGUUGGUGUCUUAGAUGAUCGUAUAUAUGCUUUUGGCGGAUUUAGUGGUGUUUCUUAUUUAAAAAGCGCAGAGGUUUUUGAUGUGAGUAUUCAAGAAUGGCGAUUAGUAUCUAGUAUGUCUAAUAAAAGAAUGAACCUCGGUGUUGGAAUUCUCAAUAAUCAUAUAUAUGUGGUAGGAGGUUAUAAAUACCCAUUUUCUUUGACAUCCGUUGAAUGUUAUGAUCCCAGCCUUGACACAUGGACACCAGUCACAAAAAUGUCUACAAGUCGCCGAUGCCCUGGUAUAGGAGUUUUAGAUGGUGUGAUGUAUGCUAUUGGUGGUGAGUGUAAGGAUAAUACUAGUUCAAUGAUUCAUAAAAGUGUUGAGGCCUAUACGCCAAUUGCUGAAGUUUGGUCUCCUAUUGCCGAUAUGCACUUGUGCCGAUCUAAUCCAAGCGUUGUCACAUUUAAUGGUUUGUUGUAUGUUAUGGGAGGAUUUGACGGAUCUACUCAUUUGGAUUCUGUAGAAAUAUACGAUCCCAACACUAAAAUCUGGACCAUAGAACCAUUGUCAACUAGUGUUGAAGUAAUUUAUGGUGCAGUAGUAGUUGAUAAACCACCACAUUUGAAAACUGAUUAGCUAACAAGGUCUCAUUGUUGGUUGUUACAAAAUAUAUUCAUAUUAAUUUAUAAUUCAAGAUUAUGUGUUAAGUGUUAUAUACGUUUUUGAUUUUGUGAAUGUUUGAAUAAAAUGGUUUUGUAUAAUUUUAA